AUGGGCUGCGAAGGAUCGCGACUCGCACGCCCGUGUCGGCCUACCGGGACACUAACACAGCACAUCCGGAUGAACAGCUCAUCGUCAGAGAAAGCCAUGCAGGAUCGAUACCAACAAUUGAAAUAUAUCUGUGGAGAUCCAUACCCUCGCCUUAAAGUGAACAAAAACACAUUGACGGUGCCUGAGUUCCGCUCUCGAUACAGCGAACUCGCCAACAAUGACACAGUAGAAACUACAGUCUCCGUCUCUGGUAGGGUCCAUACCUCUAGAAUCGCCGGAAGCAAGCUGGUCUUCUUCGAUAUAUGGCAAGACGACCAUAAAGUCCAGGUGAUGUGCAACAUCCAGAGCGUCGCCUCUGCCGAAUUCAAAAGAUUCUUCCGUCUACUGCGUCGUGGUGACUCUUUCUCUGUAACCGGUAAACCGCACCGCACUGCUCGAGGUGAACUCACUAUCGAUGCCACGCAGCUUCCGACGCUGCUGUCGACUUGUUUCCAUGAUAUCCCCGUACACGAUACCAAGCAUGAGGUCUCGCCUUUCCCUCGCCAUGUUCAGUUCCUGGCCGAUCGUCCCACGAUGGAUAUCAUUAAAGCCCGCUCGGCUCUCACUCAGUAUAUGCGUUCCUUCUUCUUGGACCGCUCUUUUCUGGAGGUCAAUACCCCGAUUGUUGAAGGUGUGGCUGGCGGUGCCGUUGCUCGUCCGUUCUAUACCACUGCCACUGAGUUCUCAGACCGUCGGCUGUCGUUGAGAAUUGCACCAGAGCUAUGGCUCAAGCGCAUGGUUGUUGGUGGAUUCGACAAGGUCUUUGAGAUUGGACCGUCAUUCCGAAAUGAAGGCUUGGACAAGACUCACAACCCAGAGUUCACCACCUGCGAAUUCUACCACGCCUACGCAAACCUCGACCACCUAAUGACCAUGACUGAAGAGCUUCUCUCGGGGAUGGCAGCUUUCAUUGAAAAGUUCAACACAAAAGGCACACUCAACCCGACAACAGCCAACUUCACAACCCCCUUCCGCCGCAUCGACUUCAUCACCGGCAUCGAAGAGGCCAUAAAUCGCAAACUCCCAGACCUCGAAGACCCCAAAGCCCUCGAACAAGUUCGCACCAUCUUCACCGACCUGUCCCUCCCUCUUCCUCAAAACCCCUCCCUCCCCCGGCUCCUCGACGAGCUCUGCAGCCAAUACGUGGAGCCGCAAUGCAUCGACCCAACCUUCAUCAUCAACCCACCCGAAUGCCUCUCCCCACUCUCCAAAUCAUUCCUCCAUCCAGUAACCAACCAGCGCGUGGCAGCACGUGGCGAGCUCUUCAUCGAGGGCAAGGAAGUGGUUAAUACAUACGAAGAGGAAAACUCGCCGUUUGAGCAGCGCCGCAAAUUCGAGGAUCAGAUGCGGUUCAGCAAGGAUGCCAAUGAGCCUGGCGAGAUCGAUGAGAGUUACCUCGAGGCCCUGGAGUGGGGUCUGCCUCCUACUGGUGGAUGGGGAUGUGGCGUUGAUCGUCUCGUUAUGUUGUUUACUGGUGCUAAGCGCAUCGGCGAUGUCUUGCCUUUCGGGAAUCUCCGGGCUGUGACGAGACGGGCUGGACAGGGACAGGCUGAGUGA